UUUUUCAGAAUGCGACACAAGGCAGCGUGGUUGCUCAGUUCAACGCUACAGAUGCAGACUUGAACAAAAAUGCUGAGAUUGGUUACAGAAUUGUCAGUGGUAAUGGAGAUGGUGUUUUUGAAAUAAACAACCACACUGGAGAGUUGUUCACAGUCAAGGAACUUGACCACGAAACAACAACCCAGUAUCAGGUAUUGUAUGCUUUUAUGUUUUAAUAUUAUCAGGCCUGAUAUAUGUGCCUGUUUUUAUUAAUACCACAAGUCAUGGAUGGAGGCUUUAGUCCUCUUGAGAUUCUGCUAGAAUCUGAUAAGCUAGAAACUAGGCUUGUACUAUUUGUAUUGAUUUAGAUUGGUAUCCAAGCGUUCGAUUAUGGUUCUCCAAGCUUACAAUCUGAUAUUCAUGUGAUCACAAUUGAUGUUUUGGACACGAACGAUAACCCUCCGGUCUUUAUGCAGGUUUGUAUAAAUGUACAAGUUAAAUGUCACAUAAAGGAAUGAACAUGUCUCGAUUGUGACUGCUGGGUGACAGAUGGUUGCUAUACUGAACUAAAGUUUACAGUAGGGUACAUUCAUUCAUUCAUUUAUUCAUAACAUUAUUUAAUACACGAUGGAGUUGUGUACAAUAUAUAGCAUACCGCUGCAAAAUGCUGAUGUAGUCUGUAUCCAAACUAUUAUCCAAACUAACUAUUUUAAAUGAGUAAUCGUUCCACUUAUAGAUGAGUAAUCAUGCUAUUACUUGAUGUGCUUGUGGUCAUAGGCGUACGGGAAGGAAAAAAUUAGGGGGGCAGAAAGAAAUUUGCCCGACUUUUUCGAAUUGUGCCCGACCAGUGCCCAAAAAAAUUUCGGCCAGUGUACCAUUUUAGGGGUACAAAAAUUUUUCGGACACACCAAAAUUUUUCGGAACAUCAAACAAAUUUUCCCAAACAUCACAAAAUUUACAUAAUUUCCCGCAAAAUUGGCAGAAUUUGUCCCAUUUAUUUUUAUAAUAACCCAAUAUUGCCCGACUGUGAAGCGAAGAUUGCUCAACUGGCUUGGUUUGCCCAACAAACUGGGGUUAUUAUUACGAGAGAUUUUAUUGCUUUGACUACUUUUUCCCCGACUUUUGUCCGACUUUUGUUAUGACGCAUAUGAUUAAUGCAGUAGAGUGUUGGUUUGCUUUCUUUUAGUUCUGCUUCGAGAGGGUUUUUCUCAGGAUCCUGCAGUUUCUCUCCCUCGCCAAAAACUAACCCUUCCUCUUGGCUGUUGUGAUCAGACAUGGGUUAUAUGGUGGCAGCCAGAGGCACCCUAUAUACUAGCGACCUUUCGACUCUGUCACGUUUGAAAAUUCAUCUCACAACUGCAAGCAUCAAUUUUCCCUGCCUAAAGCAUCAUCUUACCGUUAUCUCAUGUUUUCAUAUUUUCCCUUCAUGUAGAAAAGCGUCAGCUUGAGUGUAUUUGAAAACCAAGCAUCCAGUGCAGUAGUUGGCACAAUCAAAGCUUCAGAUAAGGAUGAAGAUGGAAAACUGUAUUAUUACAUCAUCGGUGAGUGCUGUGUAAAAUUUUCUGAAUUAGUUCAUGCUUGUUCACAAAACCACAUUAAGCUGGCUAUAGAAUGCACACCCAUAAAUGUUCGCCACUCGCAACUUGUCAACAAAUUGGUGAAAUGCACGACAGUAACAACAACAAUGACUAACAAUUCUGUUGGGUCAUCAACUUUGUAGCAAGUCUUCUUGCAGGACUGCUACAAUUUGUCAACAAACUUGUGAAAAUAAGCAGUGCGAACAGCAACAGUUGACGUCGUACAAUUCUAUAUAUACUUAUAUUAUCUUUAAAGGAGGAAAUGGUGCAAAUAUCUUUGCAAUCAACGAAGAAAGUGGAGUAGUUACAACCAAGAAACAACUUGUGAGUAUUCAGCAACAUAACUUGUGAAGUUCCACAGAAAGAAAAUUUUGUAAAAUGUAAUUAGCCGACACAAAAUUUCGGUCGGAAAAACAUUUUGAAUUAACAAUGAUAUUUUUGGAAAAUAUUCUGUCCGUGGAAAUAUUUUUUGAGUGCAAUGGGCCUUAGUAUUCAUCGUCAUGCGAACCUAAAUUAAUGAUAUUUUGUGCCCAUAGGAUCGUGAACAGAACAGCACCUAUUAUAUCUAUGUCGCUGUUUUUAAUUCAAAGGUAAGGGUACUGGUUAAUUUAGAUGAAGUUCACUAUUAAAGUUUGCUUUUUAGAUUGUUUUUCUAUUACUAAACAAUGUUAUUUUUUGUAGAAAAGUGCUGACUAUAUUGCAGCUUUGAGUCCUCCGCAAAGCAGCUCUCGGAAGCGUUCUGUAGGUGGGUCGUGAAACGAGACUUACUACUUAUAGAUGAGAACCUACUAGGCACUGUUUAUGUUAUUACCAAACAUUUGUUCAAAUGCAACUUUCAAAAAUCUUUUAGUGGACGAAAAUAUACUGCUUGUAACGAUAACUGUCGCUGACAAGAAUGACAAUAAACCAUAUUUCAAGCACGGUUUUUAUAAAGCAGGUAAAAUUAUCAAAUAUGUGAUUUAAUCAUGUUUCGCUCGCUACUCUGGUUUAAGUAAAUGAUUACAAAGCCCAGUUGAAUUUUAAACCAGAGUAGCGAGCGAAACAUGAUUGAUAUACCUGGUUGCAGUGAACGAACAAACUUUAAAUCUAUGUGAUUUAAAUUUAUUCAUAAUCUUACAGCUGCUUGAUUUCGUAUCUUCCAUCAUUUACAAUAAACACGUUUAUGUGUAAUUUAGUUAGAGACAAUAUCUCAGCCUUGCAUCCCUCACCUUCUCUGCAAUGUCCACCACCCCACAUCUUCUUCUGAUCUCUUCACUUCAUAAUGUCUCUAACCAGCUCUCCUUCAUCUCUUCUUACUACAUGUACAUACCAUCUCAGCCUUGCUUCCCUCACCUUUUCUGCAAUGUCUAAUAUACCACCCCUCACCUUCUCUGCAAUGUCUACCACCUCACUUCUUCUGAUCUCAUCAUUCCAUAAUGUCUCUGACCAGCUGUCCUUCAUCUCUUCUUAUUAUGCGUCCAUACCAUCUCAACCUUGCUUCCCUCACCUUCUCUGCAAUAUCUGCCACCUCUUCUUAUCUUCUGAUCUCUUUAUAACAAUGUUUAUCUUAUAGGUGUUUCGGAAAAUGCAGAAUACGAGAGCAGAAUAACACAAAUUACUGUAAGUCACAUAACUUUGAUGAAAAAGUGGGUUUUACUUGGAAAUUAUAUCGUCCAAGUAGAAUUUGGUUGGUUUUACUGCAUCCUGUGCUGCGAGAGUUUUUCUCUACAUCUUCUGACACCCGUGGCCUUAGUUGUUGAGCAUGUGUCCCAUGAAUCUCUGGCUCGGGUGAAUUGGACAAGCAUGCAUGCCCUGCAUGUUGAAUGGAAAUUAAAUUAAUCAUGAAAUUAUUAUCAAUUUUAUGAUAGUGCAUCGACAACGACAUUGGUAACAACAGCAAACUCAUCUACAAAGUCGUUGAUCUACAACCUGCAGAACUGUUGAGCGUUGAGCCAGAGACAGGCUGGAUCUUGGCGGGACAGCAGCAAUAUUUUGCAAGUGGGGUUGGAAAGAAAUACUCUUUUGUUUACUCGUGCGAAGAUUCCUCGUCAGUGGCUGAAACCAAUGUUACGGUAAAAUUAUAAAUUUGUUUUUUUCCCUUGAGUUAUAGUACCGUCAAGGAGUGUUGGUUUCACGGUGGUUGGGGCAUGUGACUGAUGUUUGAUUCAUAUGUAAUAUGUAGUUGUCUCAUUAUAAUUUCAUCUCAGUCCCAUGUGAGAAGAAUGCUUCCAGUUUGACUCUAUCAAACACCACAGGUUUUCCCCAGAACGGCGCUUUCGUCCUGUAGUAACACUAGACAAUAUGAUGUCUCUUACUGCUGGAUCUCUAGAAAAAGAACAGUUUAGAAUGGAUAGAUCUAUUCGGUACAAAAUUAAAUGAAGGUAGUUUAGCCCUAUUGUACUCUAAACAAAUUCUCUUUAAUUUGUCUUUCUAGAUAUUUGUGUUGGUUGAUGAUCAGAGGGUUCGUUUAACGUUGGACAUCAAUGAUACAAAAUUCGUGCGAGAUAAUAUUGAUGAAAUUAAGAAGUAUGAUUGUUUGAUUUAUUUGCUGUGUGUUUUAUUGUUGACAAACCGUUGGAUCCAAUGGUUCUUGUUUUAUGUUCACAGAGCACUUGACGAUGCAACAGGUCUAGAGUUUAAUGUUGACAGUAUCCAGUACCAUCUUCAAAGCAAUGGAAAAUACGAUUUAUCCAAGUAAUGUUUAGCUAUAAAAUUAUUGUUUAUUUACUGAUAUUUAAAAUGCAAUGUCUACCACUCCACAUCUUCUUCUGAUCUCUUCAUUCCAUAAAGUCUCUGACCAGCUCUCCUUCAUCUCUUCUUAUUACGUGUCCAUACCAUCUCAACCUUGCUUCCCUCACCUUCUCUGCAAUGUCUACCACCUCACAUCUUCUGAUCUCUUCUUUCCGUAAUAUCCCCGACCAGCUCUCCUUCAUCUGACCAACUCUCCUUCUUAUUACGAUUUAUCCAAGUAAUAUAUAGCUAUAAAAUUAUUAUUUACUUACUGAUAUUUAAAAUGAUAUUUUAAUAGGUAAAAUGUUAUGUCUGUUCAAGUUAUUGUUUGUAAUUUCUUGCUAGGACUGACAUUUUCAUGCAUGCUGUGGACCCUAACACGAACAAAGUUGUCGGCAAAGACACAGCAUUGAAGUAAGUCUUUUACUAAAUCCACAUGACCAUCAUCUGAUGCACGAUGAAGCUUAAUGAAAUUAAACCGACUAAUAUUUGCACGGUAUCAUCAUUUUAUAUUAUUGGAAAUGUAUUUGUUUUUCUAGGCUAAUUGAUACAAAUUAUGGCAAACUUAUUCAACUCUUCCAAAAAUACAAAGUGAACGCAGUCGAGGUACAAUUACAAUACGUUAUAUGUCUCUUAUACAUGACAUGUGUUCCUGACAAUUUUAGUGGAUCAAAACAAUUCACAAAUAGAUCAAGACAAUUUGUGACUGGGUGGCAUGGGGAACAGUGGGAAUUUCAAAACAAUGAAACGACAAUGGAAUAUUUCGAUUACUGGAUCGUGUCUGGAUAGCAUGUGUUGUGAAUAGGGCGUUUUGUUCUGCAGAGUAAUUAAAAAGUUAAAUAAUUUAAAAAAUAACUUUUUCUUCUAGCCCAAGAAGAAGGACGGUGAAGAUGAUGGAUUUGACGCCAUCUUGGCCGCCGCCAUUGUCCUGGCUGUUAUUUUGUUUAUGUUAUUGUUGUGUUUCUUGUGUGUUAUUUGCCUCAUGAGAAGAAGGUAUGCAAAUAAACAAGAGACUUGCAGUGCUUUUAAUUCAGUUCAAAGCCAGGGUUGGUAAGUUAGAUGAAUAAUUAGGCCAAAUCGUCAUUAGUGCUGUUUAGAAAACAAAGAAAACAAAAGGUCAAGACAAAGAAAACAAAGGCCUAGUGUGACGGUGUUUGGCCUAAUUAUUCAGCAAACCUACCAACCCUGUUCAAAGCUUAUCAUUUUCGGAUAAUUUUCGCUCAUAAUUUGAAUAUGAGAAUAUUUGCAUGCAGUUUGCAAUUUAAAAUAUUUUAUAUUUCCUUUUUAGUCACAAUCGAAAACUUCGGGCAGCAAAGGCUAUUGGUAAAGUCCAGUCUGAUCCUUUUUGCUUUCAUUUUUUUAUUUGUCCUCCGUAAAAUCAUGUUUUCUUUAUUCCUCAAAUAGGAUCCCAAGAUCAGUCUUAUGGUGUGGCAACUCCGGGCACCAAUUUGCACGUGUAUGAAGGGUAAGUACAUAUGUAACAUUCAAUCAAGUCAAGGUAGCAAAUAUGAACAAAAUGAUACCAGAGAUGUGAUGUACUUAUAGAUGGCGAAAGAUUAGUUUGGUUGGCGGGCGAGGAGGACUACACACGUAAAAACGCACAAGUUGUAACAAGUCUGCCAACAAGCCGUCAACAAGAUGUAUUCCCACUGCUUGUCACAAGUUGUCAACAGGUUUGGAGCAACUUGUUGACAACUUGUCGAAAUUAUCAGACUUGUUGCAAGGUUGUUCUGACUAGUCCGUUACAUGCUUGAUAUAACAAGAUUGUUACAACCUUUUGUUGACAACCUUUUAACAUCAUUGUUAUAUCAUGGCUGUAACAAACUUGUUAGCACAGUCUUGUAACAAGGCUGAUAAUGCCAUCAAGCUUGUUACAAGUUUUUAACAGCUUGUUUCAAACUUGUUACAACAAACUGGGAACAAGCAGUGCGAACACAACUUGUUGACAGCUUGUGAACAGACUUGUAACAACUUGUUUGCAGACUUGUUACAACUUGUGCGUUUUUACGUGUGUAGACAAACUCCAGGGGCAUACCUGGCUCAUCGUACGCCGGGACAUUUUGAUUUCUAGAAUUUCUGAAAUUGCAUUUCCUGCGUUCUGAGAAACAUAUGUGAUGAUAUUUUGUUCAUUUUGCAUUUCAGGCACCUUCAUAUUGCGUUCUUCCACUCUCACGUUAUUUGGUAGGGCUUAGCCCCAUCACUUUCUAUUGGAGGAAUGGAGGGGCUAUAUUCCCCCUCCCAUCUCCUCCACCCCCUCCCCGUUUCUGCCGCCUAUGGAUGCACUUGAGAUAAUGGCACGCAUGGCUAAUGAUCGUGCAAAUAUUUUUAGAUCUAACCCAGUAUGGAUGGAUCCGUAUGAAAACUGGAGAACAGAAGAUGACAAAAAUAGGUUAGAUUGAUUCUCUUGAUGUAUAAUAUUCAUAAAACACAUUCAUUUCCACAAUUCAACUAACAUAUUUAUCUCUGCAUUCUAACAGCAACACUACUAAGCUCUACGAAGCGCAGGUAAGCCGUGUAUUUUUGGAAAGUACUUUCCUUUACAUAUUUACAAAUUGUGUCAAUUGAGUAUUUCUGAAAGCUGAGGACCGGAUUGCCCUAGUUGGCAAAGCUAAAUAAAUAAAAUAAAUAAAAUAAAAUAAAAUAACCCCAUUAAUUUCUUUCCUACUAAACCUAAACUAACCUAACUAAAACAUCAAUAUUUUUCCUACUAAAACGACAAGUUAUGAAAUAAUAAACUUGAUCAAACAUUAAUAGUUUAAUUUAAGAUCCUGGUUUCAUUAUACUAGAACUAGAGUUUAUGUAAAUUAAACAUGAUUUUUUUAUUGCACAAAACUACCGACACGGUAUAGUGAUAUCCUUUGAUGAGUUUUUAAAGCAAAAUCAGUUGUUCUAGACUUCUAGUUAGUUAUUAGUUAUUAAUGAAUUUUUAAAGUAAUACCAGUUGUUCUAAAUAAUUCUAAAGUAUAAAGUGGUUACUUCAACUUAGAAAUGUUAUCACAUAUAAAACCACCAACACGAUAGCGAUUUCCUUUUCCUCUUGCUUAAUUAAUGCUUUUUUAAAGUAAAAUUUUGUUCAAGUUUAAAGUUAUUACAGGUAAACUACGUGAAGCGUUCCUCUUUUGACUUCGUAACUCAUUUGGAAUUUUCCUCAUUAGCUUUGCAAAUUUGAAAAACUCUUUGCAAAUCCCUUGAGGGAAUUUGCAAUGUUCCUAUCGGCUGUUGCAAUAUUCCACACUUCAUUUUAAAUUUUCCUAACUUCCUGUUUUAAUUUUCUAACUUCCUGUUCUGUUCUGAGCGUUGUUAUUGGUCGAUUAUUUUUGUUAGCCAAUUGCAACGCCCAGAACAGAACAGAACAGAACAGAACAGGAAGUUAGGAACUUGUAACAGGAAGUUAAGAACUUCUAACAGGAACUGAGGAAAAUUUAUUUGGCUUUUAGCAACAUUGCAAAUUUUCUCAAGGGAUUUGCAAAGGAGUUUUUUAAAUUGCAAAAGUAAUGAGGAAAAUUGCAAUCAAUUUAGAACCUCAAAAGAGGAACGCUUUACGUAGUUUACCUGUAACAUAAAAAAAGUUUUCCUUUUAUGACUAUUUAGACAGUAAUACAAGAGAUGGAUGAGGAGGAAGACGAUAAAAGAGAUUUGCCAACUAACGGAAUAACUAAUCCAAUACAUAACAAUGUUAAACCUGAAAACAUAGAUCUAAACGCUUCUGGUCAUUCGAGACUCAGCGAUGACGUUUUUCUACAAUAAAAAAAUUUAAAUUUAAUUUAAUAACAUUUAAAGUAAGUGCUAUAAAUUAAUAUAAAUAUAUUAACUAAUCUGAUAAUGUUGGUAAAAUAAAUAGACUAGCGAUUUACCUGUUAAAAGAAACUAAACUAACUUUAUUUAUACUGGAUAUAGCUCUAUAUCAGUUCUAAACUAUUCUUCCUAGAAGGUCCUCUCUUAUUGUUCCAGUGUUACUAAAAGAGGAAACCUGAACUAAAUUAACUUUAUUUAUACUGGAUAGCUCAACCAGUUCUAAACUGCAGUUCUUUCUGGAGGUCCAGUAAGAGCCAUCUCGUAUUGAUUCAGUGUUACUACAGGAGGAAACCUAAACUAAGUUUACUCUAUUUUUACUGGAUAGUUCUAUCAGUUCUUAACUGUUCUUCCUAGAGGUCCAGUAAGGAUCAUUAAUGUCACUACAGCUGGAAACCUAAACUAAAUCAGUUCACUCUAUUUUUACUGGAUAGCUCUAUCAAUUCUAAACUAGUCAAUUUACUUCAUUCAACGGAUCCUUUAUUUAUUUUUGUCGUGUAUAUUUCCAGGAAAUAUCAAUGGACAUGUUCCGUGAUGGAACUCCAGAAAGUCAUGUAAUUCCAGGAACAUUUUAUGAAUCUUCAUCCAGCGGUGCAGCUUAUCAUCCCAACGGAAUACUUAAUCUCACCAUGCAGGACGGGAGCGAAGACGAAGUGACAAAUAUUUAAACACGAUCUACAUUGGUGGGCUUUCAAUUGAGCGUCACAGGGCAGCAGAUGCGUGGUGAACUUUUGAAAUGUUGACAAUUAUUGGAGCAAGACAAUUAAACGACAUCUUUGGAUUACCGACCUGGAAAAAGUGUUUAAUGUUCCUCGGGUCCUGAAUUUGUUCUGAAUUCCAAUUGUUCCUCUCAAAAGUGCGUAAAAACAAUGGAAAAUUUGACCCGUGCAUUGCGUCAUUACGUAUGCAACAACAAGGUAUACUAAUUGACUGUAUGUAUGUUACAUAUCUGAAUUGACAGAUAAAGAAGAAUGAUAUAAAGGACGAUUUACACAACACAACUUUUGCCUAAAACUGUCGCAUGCAACCUGCUUACAACUUGAGUUGUACUAUGUAAACAGGGCCGGAGAUACGGGUGUGUGUGGGGGGGGGGGGGUUACACCCCCCAGAAAUUGUAUUCAGUCUGGUAAGGGACUGUUAUUCAGUCGGCAGGACUGCUAUUUGGGUUAAAUUUUUCCGCGCAAAGGGCAAAAUAUUUGGGGUUUUUUGGGUAAAUUUCCGAAUUUUGGUAUGAAAAAUUGAGGUAAAGUCACUGGAAAGCAUUUGCAACGUACUCGUCCGGAAAGUAUUCGUCAGUCGGUUGAAAUGACCUUACACCCCCGCCCCCUGAAGAAUUCCCUGAGGACGGCCCUGUAUGUAAAUCAAGCAUACAACUAUAACCUACGACAACGUAGGUUAGUUGUGUGCUUGAUUUACACAGUAUAACUCAAGUUGUAAGCAGGUUGCAUGCGACAGUUUUAGGCAAAAGUUAUAUUGAAAAUAAGUUCCUCAAUUUUCUUGCUAAGACAAAUGGUCCUCAGGAUACCGAGAUCCCAGCUUUCUCCAGGUCGGCUAAUACACGCUCAGUCCAGAAAGUACGUUAUUAGACCUUAUGCAUAAUGACGUCACAAGGCUUGAUGCCCGCGAGGAAUGCUGGUCUUAGUAGUCAUCGCCCGGGAAAAUGAAACAAUUCAAAAUGGCCACUAUCGAAAAAUUUUCCCGGGCGAUAACUACUAAGACCAGCAUUCCUCGCGGGCAUCAAGCCUUGUGACGUCAUUAUGCGAGGCUCCAAUGCCAAAGUGACGUACUUCCUGAAGGGUAUAUUAUUUGAUAAUAAAAAUAAUUAAGAUUAUAUUUUCUCAUUCUGAUAUCAUGCAAUGCCAUUGACAACCACCAUCAUACCUUGCAAUAGGUCGAAACACACGAGUCAUAUCAGCUUUCAUAUAUUAUAUUAAUAAUUUUAGCAAACAUUCGUUAAUAAUAUUAAUAUUAAUAAUAUACAUCGUAUAUUUAGGUGUAGUAAUGUAGUUUUAACUUAGCCGAUGCAUGUAACAUAACUUAACGUUAACACAAAUUAAUUUAAACUCGAAUAUAUAUAUUAUUGAAGUAUUAAAA